UCCAUGGUUCUGCCUCCUGCGAUCCCAAGUCCCUCGCUCCUACGCGCGACCCAUACCGCGCCCCCAUCCUAGAAAGGCAGGAAUCAAAUCACGGGAGCAAGGGAUUGACCGCAUCCCCAUCGUCACCCUCACUGCGCCGCUGCCUGCUCGGCUCCCACGCAUCCUCGCCCGCCACCGCCUGCCCCUAUGCAUGCGAUCUCCUCCCCGCACUCCUUCAGUCCUCCCCGCACCUCUCCUUUGCCGAUCGCCCUGCGACCCCCACCACAUCGGUGUCUGUAUCUAUGUCCCUGAUUCGGCUCGCCCUCAUCUGGAUCCAUUCACCGGCGACGAAGGCCUGCAGCAGCAGAAGCUGGGAGGGCUCCCACACGUCCCUCCCCCUGAUCCUGCGCGCAGCACCACCAGGCCUGACCAAGCUACCAGGGAGCCAGAACGCCGCCACCAAGGACUGCUGCCACGCCAUCGCUCCUGGAUCCAGGUUCUCACCAACCACCAGCAUCCACAUCGGUGUCCCCAGAAAAAGAAGGCCAAGUCUCCCACAACUAAAAAGACUAAAGAGUGGACACCAAGUCUCUCUCACCUUGCCAUCAGCAUUCAUACCUCUCGCCAGGAGUCUGCACGGCCUGACCAAGCUACCAGGGAGCUGGAGCGCCGCCACCAAGGACUGCUGCCACGCUUCCAUCGAGGACCGCUGCCACGCCAUCGCUCCUGGAUCCAUGUUCUCGCCGACCACUAGCAUCCAUGUCGAUGUCUCCCAGACGGUGAGCAACUCGUGGGUGAUCAAGAGUGCUACAACAAACAAGAUCAGUACUUGGACAACUAGCAAGAUCAGCAGGAGCAAUUGGAUCAAGGAGGAGUGUUAGGCUUGUGAUAAACCAGUCAGUUUCGAUCAUGAAGGGUGGAGUUAAUACCCAAAGUUUGGAGUUACUUCCGUUGUUUACUGUCUAAGGUUAUCUCUGAUACUUUAAGUAUGUUAUAUAAUUUAUGUAUUGUCUUUUGAUAUUACACUUUAUUUGUAGCUAUAUGUGAGAUUUGGCUUCUAAUAAGACUCACAUAUAGUGUAUAUCUGGUUUUGUCAUUAAAAUUGGAUAUUACAUCUAUAAAGUACCGUAUUUAAUUAGGACAGAAUGGAAA